AUGUCGAAGGCGGAUUUCAUUUGUUUACAGGAGUGCAGGGGUCGCCAAAAGCCCAAUGUUUUUCUUUCAACUGUUGCUAGUGACAGGAAAGCUAUUGUAGUCAAUCUGGACAGAGUUUGGAUUGAUGAUGCAACGGCAAAUCAAGAAUGGUUGCAGAGCAUCACUUCCCAAGUUCGACUUCUGAAACAUUGUUGUCAGCACCAUCCUAACCCCCUCCUCGACAUCGUGCACUACAAUUUCCAUGCCUACAUCUUCUCAUAUAAUCCAGACACCACCCUAACGUUCUCUAAUUUGCUAUGGCAAACACAGGAGGCCUACAUUGUCCCCCACACCAAGAUCGACCCUGUCCCCAGCAACAAGCUGCUCAGCCCCAUUGUCUUCCAUGACGGCCGCCUCGUUCAGCGUCCCACCCCGCUCCUCGCCCUCCUCACAUUCCUUUGGCUCCCGAUCGCUUUCCCCCUAUCUCUUCUGAGAGUCUAUCUGAACAUCCCGCUUCCAGAGCGUAUUGUCCGAUACAAUUACAAGAUCCUUGGAAUUAACCUAAUUGUCAAGGGCCACCCUCCUCUGCCCCCUUCCCCUGCCUCCCCCGGGGCACUCCUGGUGUGCGAUCACCGCACAGUUCUUGAUCCGGUGGUCAUCGCGGUUGCCUUAGGCCGCAAAGUUAGCUGUGUGACAUAUUCGAUCUCAAAAUUCUCAGAAUUGAUCUCUCCAAUCAAGGCUGUGGCACUCUCUCGAGAGCGCGACCGAGAUGCUGCCCACAUCAAGCGCCUGCUUGAGGAGGGUGAUCUUGUCAUUUGCCCCGAGGGGACUACAUGUCGUGAGCCUUUCUUGCUUCGGUUUAGUGCACUUUUUGCCGAGCUUGCGGACCGGAUUGUCCCUGUGGCUGUUACCACUAAGCAAAGUAUCUUCCAUGGAACAACUGUGAGGGGCUAUAAGGUUAUGGAUCCUUACUUCUUCUUCAUGAAUCCUAUGCCUACUUAUGAGAUUACAUUCUUGAACCAGUUGCCUCCUGAGCUCACAGUUAAGGGAGGGAGGUCAGCCAUCGAGGUCGCCAACUAUAUACAAAGGGUGCUUGCAGGGACACUAGGGUUUGAGUGCACUACGUUUACAAGGAGGGACAAGUAUCAAAUGCUUGCCGGCACGGAUGGGUGCGUGCCUGAUACUAAUAAGCAGGCAAAUGGGGAGGAGAAGGAGAAGGCGGCAUGUAAUGGCGUUAGAGGAGCUCAAAAUUAGGCUUCUGAGGUGGCCGUGGAGGUGGCAGCGGUGAUGGUGGUGUUUAUAGUUGAUUUAUUCUGGUGCUUUAAAUAUAAGUGUUUGUUUGUUAAGAUACAUGAUGAACUGCUAUAUAUAAAUGAUAUGAUAUAUACAAUGGUUUUCAUAGAUUUUUGGGGUCUUGGAUACCCUUCCUAUCUUCUUUUUUCUUUUGAUUUUCUUGGGGGCAAGGAGAGGGGCAUUAAUGGGUUAAAUAGGCUGAUCAAAUACUUAUAUAUGAAUUAUUGAUUUCAUUUGUUUGAA